UGAAGUUAAAAGAAGGACGCUGAGCGAGCACUGGAUGUGUUUUGAUGUGUUUUAAACAGUUGAAAUCAGAAAUGCAUCUCGUCUAACACUUCCGAGUUGUUACCGCGGAGGGAUAUUGUUUGUUUUUCUGGGGGGAAAGUCAUAAAAUGGAAUGUGUGUCGGCGUAGUUGAUGCCCUACAUGCUGCUGUCUGAAGAGCGUGUGCAGGAGAAGAGCAGAAAGCAUGGACGUGGAAGACUUCCCUCCCCCGCCUCCUGAAAUGUUGGCCGACAGCGUCCCCUUCACAGAUGAAGACGAGGGGGAAGCCUUCGACUUCGAUGACAGUGGCGAUGACAUCCCUGAAGCUGACCGCCUACCCCCUGCACCUCCAGCUCCUCUGGCCCCAAGCACCAACCAUCAGGGACAGAACCAGACGGUGGUCAGUCACCCUGAGCUCCAUCUCACCAGCCCAGACCCCCCAGCACCUUCCGCCACAUCCGACACAGCUCCGUCUUCAGCGGACACAGCAGUUGCCUCGAGCAGAUCCUCCGCAGCAGGUGGAGCAACAGCAGAAGGAGAGGGGACCGAUAACACAGGGACAGACUUACCACCACUGCCGCCCCCUCCUCUCGUUGAUGACGCAGAGACAGAUCCAGGAAGAACAGGCGGUGAAGGCCAGGAUGCGUCCACCGAUGCCCCUCACCCUCCUCACGCCGUCCCCAGAAGCCCCUCCCAGGGCAAAGCCAACCCGUACUCUGUGAUUGACAUCACUCCUCUCCAACUGCAGCAGCUCGAGCAGCAGCAUGAGCAUCCGCACGGACCCUCCUCUGGCGCUUGCUCACCAACGGAGCCACAGGGAGGAUCACAGGAUAUCCCCACCAGCCCUGUUGGCAUCGCUUCAGGAUACUCAGUCCCAGUGCCCUGUGGCUAUGCCACCCCCUCUGGAAUGCCGCUCAUCACACCGGCGUACUCCACACCCGUCAUCAUUCGACACCUCUCCGUGGACGAGGAUGUCACUGUGGUCGGGACUGGCACCACCUCUGUAGACAGUGAAGAGUAUCCACCUAUUAGAGAAGAGGAUGCUUUGACUAAAUGGGCAGCCGAUCCUGCCAACACUGCGUGGAUGGAAAAUCCAGACGAGGUGAUUUACGAUGACGUGCCCAGAGAGAACUCUGACUCCAACACAGAUCCAGAUGAGAUGAUCUAUGAUGACGUGGAGCUCGGCGAGGACGGCGGCUGCGACAGCUCCCUCGACAACGGCUGGAGCUCCAGCGAGUUCGAAAGCUACGACGAGGCCAGCGACGGGGAAGGUCGCUCCGAGAACGGCCUGCCGCAUGCCUUCAUGAGAGGAAAGCCCACCCAGAGGAAAACCCACCUCUCUCAAGAUCUGACACGCUUGAAAGAACACUAUGAGAAAAAGAUGAAAGAUCUAAUGGCAAAUGCAGUGGGAACGGUAGAGCUGCAGCAGUUAAAACAGAAACAAGAGCAGAAGAUGCAAAAGCUGGUGAAGGCAGCUAGGGAAGGGACUAAAGAUGGACUUGAGAAAACCAAAGCUGCAGUGAAGAAGGGACGCUCCUUCAUCCGAACCAAGUCAUUCUGUCAUGAGAGGAAGGCGGCCGGUUUUGAGGAUGAGGAGUCUGAACUCUUCAUUGAGGUGGACUGUUUCAAUGUUGAGCCAGUGUUGUGUCCGCCACCGGCGGGUCUUUCACAGCAACAGCUGGUGAGAAGAUGCAUAUUGGGAUCCAUAUUGGAGAGUGAGAAGAACUAUCUGGAUGCACUGAAAAGGAUAUUAGAGCAAUAUGAGAAGCCGCUGUCCCAGCUCGAGCCGAGGUUGCUGAGCGACAGGAAGCUGAAGAUGACCUUCCAUCGUGUGCGUGAGAUCCUGCAGUGCCACUUCCUGUUCCAUAUCGCCCUGGCGAGCCGCGUCGCUGAGUGGGACGGCCUGGAGAUGAUUGGGGAUGUCUUUGUUGCAUCGUUCUCUAAGUCCAUGGUGCUGGAUGCCUACUGUGAGUACGUGAACAACUUCAGCACUGCGAUGGCCGUGGUGAGGAAGACGUGCGCCUCCAAACCGGGCUUCCUGGAAUUCCUCAAGCAUCGCCAGGAGACCAGCAGUGACCGGAUGACGCUGUACGGCCUGAUGAUGAAACCCAUCCAGAGAUUCCCACAGUUCAUUCUGCUCCUUCAGGACAUGCUGAAGAACACACCAGUGGGCCACGCAGACCGCCUGCCCCUGCAGAUGGCCCUGGCCGAACUGGAGACGUUGGCCGAGAAGCUCAACGAAAAGAAGAGGGAAGCCGACCAGCGCUGCGAGAUCCGACACAUUGCAAAGGCCAUGAACGAACGCUACCUCAACAAGCUUCUGAGUAAUGGCAGCCGCUACCUGAUCCGCUCAGACGACAUGGUGGAGACGGUCUACAAUGAGCGGGGUGAGAUCAUCAAAACCAAGGAGAGACGCCUCUUCCUGCUCAAUGAUGUUCUCAUGUGUGCCACUCCCAAUAUCCGGUGUCCGGAUGGCAGCGGGAGUGUCAGUGGCAAUGCCCCACUCGACCAGAAGUUCCUUCUCAAGUGGAGUGUGCCUUUGAGCUUUGUGGAAGUGCUGGAGUUUGGAUCCAGCGAGGACAUGGCCGACAACAGUCGCUAUCCAACAUCCCAUUCUGGGGAGAAGGUGGUCAUCAACGCGAAGCCAAACAAGUUGUACAUGGGCCCCGGUCAGUUGUACCAAGAUCUGCAGAACCUCAUCCAUGACCUCAGCCUGGUCAACCAGAUCUCCAGCAUGAUCAGCAGCCUCAAAGGCAACUACCAGAACGUGAACCCCACAGUGGCUCAUGAUUGGGUAUCAGGUCUCCAGAGGCUGAUACUGAAGAAGGAGGAGGAGAUCAGGGCCGCUGACCGGUGUAGGAUCCAGCUCCAGCUGCCUGGCAAGCACGACAAGUCGGGCAAACCCAGCUACUUCAGCGCAGUGUUCAACACUCUCAGCCCAGCCAUCAAACAGUCCUGGAUCAGUAACUUGCAGAUGGCCAAGCUGUCUCUCGAGGAGGACAACCUGCAGGGCUGGUUCUUCGCCGAGGAAGAUGGGAAUCAGAUCAAAAAGCAAAAACACCCUCUCUUGCUUCGACAAAUGCCUGUGGUGAUGUCAAAACUCCAAGAGUUCAAGGUGGAAUGUGCUGUUCAUAACCCAGAGCCCCACAUCAACACAGAGAGCACGGCGGAUACUCCCGCCGUGGGCCACGGCUGUGUCUGGGUUGCAAGUUGCACCAACCAGAUGGGCCAGAUAUCCAUCGUGGCCAUGCAGAGCUCCAGCCCCAAGGUGACCGAGUGCUUCAAUGUGGAGUCGCGUAUCCUCUGCAUGGCCUACGUCCCUGCUGAGCUACCUCGGGAGAACGGAGAGAACAUUGCGGAGAACAACCAUGCAGCGGCAAAGGCCAGUGACUCUCCCAGUGUCUGUCUGGGGAUGGAGGAGGGCAGCAUCAUCGUGUACAAGAGCAGUCAGCGGUCCAAGAAGGUCCGCCUGCAGCAUUUCUUCACCCCAGACAAGUCCACCGUCACCAGCCUGGUGUGUAAGAGGCUUUGCCUGUACGCCGGCCUGGUCAGCGGCUCGGUGGCGGUCUACUCCAGAUCACAAGACGGUUUGUGGAGCUGCGAAAAGCCCACGGUGCUGAAACUGGGGGUUCUCCCGGUGAAGGCCAUGCUGGCUGUGGAGCACCACCUGUGGGCUUCAACCGGCGGCCAGGUCUUCAUCAUCAGUGCUCACACACACUGUGUGGAGAGGCAGCUGGAGGCCCACCAGGAAGAGGGCAUGGUGGUGUCCCACAUGGUGGUGGCUGGGGUGGGCAUCUGGAUCGCCUUCAGCUCGGGCUCCACUCUGCGCCUUUUCCACACCGAGACCCUGGAGCACCUGCAGGACAUUAACAUCGCCACACCAGUGCACAACACACUAACCGGAAACCAGAGAGUGUCGGUGAGCAGCCUGCUGGUCUGUCACGGUCUGCUGCUGGUGGGGACCAACCUGGGGGUGACCGUGGCCCUCUCGGUCCCCAGACUGCAGGGGAUCCCAAAGGUCACAGGUCGGGGGAUGGUGUCCUUACACGCUCACAACGGUCCGGUCAAGUUCCUCAGCGUGGCUGCAGCGGUGUGUAAUCGGCCCUCUGGUCCGUCGUCCUCGCCCCCUCCCGCCUCCGUUCAGCCACCAGCGACAGACGAUGGGGAGAACCCGCGGCCCCCGUCAGAUUCGGCCCCCGCCGCCCCUCAGGCGGGCGUGUGGCUGGGAGAGGCGGGCUGCUCCACCAUGGCUCUGCAGGACUCCAUGUCCUCCUCGUCCUGCGGCUCCCGAGCGCCUUCCCAGGGCUCGUUGGAGCACGGGCCCGAGGACGGGGCCCUCUACGACGUGCUCCACGACCCCACCCAUCACCAGAGGGGCCGCCGGGCCAGCAAGGUGGACGUCAGCUCUUUGCUGGUGGUGUCCGGAGGUCUUGGCCACCGCAGGGUCAACAAGAAGGCCAAACAGUCUCGCCACGAGGACACCACCUCCACCAUCAUGAUCUGGCAGAUCCCGUUGCUCAACAUGUGACACCCAAAGUGAAAAGAGAUCUGUUGUGACACUUUGGGAUCAAUCCAGACUGAAAUGAGAAGGAGCACUCCAGGAUGACCCGAUGAUGUUUCUAAUGAUGUCUCCUACCGUCAGGGAACAACAAGGGGUUAACAUAACCACUCAGUCAUGAUGCUAGAUGGAGCAAACAGGACCAGUCACAUGUUCUACUGUACUGGUUUCUAAACAAUGAAAGGUCUUUCCCCCUCUAGGAAAGUGACUUGUUGUUCUCUAACAUGGCUAACACGUGGCUCCAGGGGAUGGGUUGGGACCGCAGUAUUCAAAUCAGUGUUGAAAUCAAAGGACCUCUUGAAAGGUGUGUGAGGAGACGAUGGGGCAUUGCAUCUGUUACAUGAAAGUUUUAUUCAGAUUCGUUUUUGGCGUAGGCCAAAGGUCAUCUGUCGAAAAUAUGAAGUAUGACAACUGAGGAUUACAUGUGUAAGAGUUUUGUGGUCAUCUUGUUGUCCCUGCUUGGUGCUUCUAUAAAGUUAUGUUAACAGAGGAAAAAGGAGGGAAGAAGGUGAAAUAUCGAUGGCUGAAUUUGUUUUUCGGGAAGGCUGGAUGAGAAUCGCUGGCUGGCCAGGUUUCUAUGAAUAAAGGCAUGAAAGUGUUGUCAUCACCAGGAGAGAUUUGUUUUGUCCCACAUCAUGAAAUUUAAAAAAAUGAAAAAGAGCUUUGUACUUUUGUCACAAUUUGUUUGUACGUGUACUGUGUAUUAACAAAUACAGAAACUGUUGUAUUGAG